CCCCUCUCUCUUUCCCUGCUGAGGAGCGUCGCUGUUUUCCAGUGCGUCUCCUCAUGAGAAGUCCGGCACCGGCUCCAGGACACCGAAGCGCAGGGGAUUUAAAUCAAAGGGAAUAAGAGCAGCAGCAGCAGCAGAGGGAGGAGGAGAAAGGAGGAGGAAGGAGGAGUAGUGGGCUGUGCAGCAAGAAAACCGAGACAAGAGUAUAGUCCAGGGAAGAGGGGUCUCCCCAAAACCUGAGCCAUGAGUCGCAGCAUCGUGCGGCAGAGCAAGUUUCGCCACGUCUUCGGCCAGGCGGUCAAGGCCGAACAGGGUUACGAUGACAUUCGUGUUUCCAAGGUGACGUGGGACAGCUCCUUCUGCGCCGUCAACCCGAAGUUCCUGGCGGUCAUUGUUGAAUCCAGCGGAGGAGGAGCCUUCCUGGUCCUACCUCUGUCUAAGUCGGGCCGCGUGGAUAAGAACUAUCCGCUGGUGAUCGGCCACUCUGGACCCGUCCUCGACAUCGACUGGUGCCCUCAUGACGACAACAUCCUGGCCAGCUGCUCAGAGGACUGCACUGCAAUGGUUUGGCAGAUCCCAGAUCACGCACUGACCCGUCCUCUGUCCGACCCAGUUGUUGUCCUGGAGGGUCACUCCAAACGUGUCGGCAUCGUCACCUGGCACCCCACCGCACGCAACAUACUCCUCACUGCGGGUACAAACACACACACAAACACACACACACAAGUUUCUUAUUGGAAACUUAUCAGUGAUGUGAAGUUAAUCUCCAUGGACGACCACCCAGACCUCAUCUACAGCAUCAGCUGGAACCGAAACGGCAGCUUGUUCUGCACCACCUGUAAGGACCGACGUCUGCGUGUCUGCGACCCCCGCAAGAGGGAGGUGGUGGCGGAACGUUUGGCUCCACAUGAAGGGAUUCGGCCAAUGAGAGCCAUUUUCACCAGAGACGGAAACAUCUUCACCACAGGAUUCACCAGGAUGAGUCAGCGAGAGCUCGGCCUCUGGGACCCGACAAAUUUUGAGGAGCCAAUUGCACUUUUGGAGCUGGACACGAGUAAUGGAGUGUUGUUACCGUACUAUGAUGCAGACGCAAACAUGGUCUACCUCUCUGGAAAGGGGGACAGCAGUAUCCGUUACUUUGAGAUCACAGAGGAGCCGCCGUACGUUCACUACCUCAGCACCUUCAGCAGUAAGGAGCCGCAGAGAGGGAUGGGCUUCAUGCCCAAGAGAGGUGUGGACGUCAGCAAAUGUGAGAUCGCUCGGUUAUACAAGCUGCUUGACAAGAAGUGUGAGCCCAUCACAAUGACAGUGCCCAGAAAAUCGGACCUCUUCCAGGACGACCUGUAUCCAGACACAGCAGGGCCUGAACCUGCCAUGGAGCCUGAAGAGUGGCUGGAUGGUCGCGACGAAGAUCCCAUUCUGGUGUCCAUGAGGGACGGCUACGUGCCGCCAAAGAGCCGAGAACUCAAAGUGGCGAGGAAGAAUGUGUUGGAUUCCAGACCCACCACCCGACGCAGCAUGUCCACUUUGGAAACCAACAGCCUGCCACCUCAGCUCCUUGAGAGGUUGUUGGAGGAGAUUCAGAAUCUGAAGGCCACAGUUUUGUCACAGGAGAAGAGAAUCUGCGAUUUGGAGAAUAAGCUUUCCCAAUACACCAAUGGCACUGCCUGAUGUGUCACCACAUCUUCUGAAGAACUGGUCUGAAUUUCAGAAUUACCAUUAAUUGUAGAAACUAAUUUCCCUUGCAUUGACAAGGAACCACUCUUUUAAAUGCUCUAACAGUGUUGCCCCUUUAUAAAUAGGUACUAUUUUGUAAGAACAUGAAUCUAAAGUUCAACAUAUUCGAGAAAAUUACCUCCACAACCAUUUUUUUGUGGUUGAUUCAACAAAAUCCUAGUACCUUUAAUGCUAUGGCAAUGUAUUCUAGUAUAGGACAUCUUUACAGGGGUUUGAAAAGAGUGAGGCAAGUGCGAGGGUGAAGUGAGGGAGCUCUAAGUUCAAGGGACACGUGCAAGUUUGGUCAAAGGUUUGAGGAAAGUCAACACUGUCAUCACUGUUUUAAACAGAGAAAAUGACAAUUAUAGUUAAAGGAA